GGUAAACGGUAAAUUUUCCCCACCUGUCCCUGGUCCAAAGUCCAAACCCCCUCAAACCCCAUCCCCUCCCCCAAUCCUUCCCCCGAACCCCCAAUCCCGGCGGCGGCGGCGAAGAUGAUCAUACCAGUGCGCUGCUUCACCUGCGGCAAGGUGAUCGGCAACAAGUGGGAUCUCUACCUCGACCUCCUCCAGGCAGACUACACCGAGGGGGAUGCUCUGGAUGCUUUGGGCUUAGUCCGUUACUGCUGUAGGCGAAUGCUGAUGACCCAUGUUGACCUCAUUGAGAAGCUGCUCAACUACAACACUCUGGAGAAGACUGAGACCACUGCUGGCAAUUAGAUGAACCUCGCAUACUCCACCGCUUCAUUGCACCUAGUAUCCUUUAGUCUAGUGUUUAUGCUGUGUUUGACACAUCUAAACAAACAGUGCUGCUAUGCUUAUGCAAAAAGCUGUUCUUUGCACAUUAGUGAAUAUGGAUGGACUUGACCAUUUCCAAUGUACCCAGGAAUUCUCCAGCUGUGUUUCUUCUAUCAUCUAUGUAACUGUUGCUAAUGUGUAUUGACAGCUUGAAAGCCAACUUUAUUCUGAAUGUCAUCUCGUCAUUUCACGGCAAUUUAUCA